AUGAAGGUCGUCAUUGCCACUCUUUUCAUCGCCGUCGCCGUCGCCGCCGCCGCCUCGGCUGCCGACCUCGACACGCUUCUUCAUCUCGCCGAGAAGGGCAAGUGCGCGAUUCCCUGCGUCUCCGUGGCCGUCAACGGGCUCGGCUGCAAGGAGGGUCAGGGCCCCAUCGACCUCAUCUGCGCCAAUCUCCAGCCCAUCAUGGCCGGAUCUACCGAUUGUCUCACCAAGUGUGAGCUCAACCAGCACACGCAGGAUUAUGCCAAGAAGGCUGCUACCAAGUUCUGCGACAAGCACAACAAGCACCAGAUCUAA